UUUAAUUCAUCGCAGUUAUAGCACGCAACGACGACAGUUUUUAUUCUGUUCAGCGCAACUAUAUAACAUUUUUGACUGUGUUAAUUACAACCCAAUUAUAAUGUCUAUCUCUCUGGACGAUCUUCCGGUGACUGCAGUUGAGGUUGCCAGACACACACUGCGUGAUCCAGUUUUACAGCAAGUAUCAAAGUUCAUCCGAUUUGGCUGGCCUCCACAUGUUCAUUCAAAUGUUUUAAAACAGUUUUACCAGCGACGCAAAUCCCUAUCCAUCGUUAAUGGAUGCAUAAUGUUUGCUGAUCGUGUUGUCGUUCCAGCUAAUCUUCGUGACCAUGUGCUUCGGCAGCUUCAUAUAUCACAUCCUGGUGUUGGGAGAAUGAAGGCGAUCGCUCGCAGUUAUGUUUACUGGCCCAACAUCGAUGACCAUAUCGAAGACCUCGUUCGCAAGUGUAGUAAAUGUGCUCAAGCAUCAAAGUGUCCACGCAAGACAGAACUAUGUUCCUGGCCACGACCGGACAAACCAUGGUCCCGUGUUCAUGUUGACUUCGCUGGACCGUUCAAUAGUAUGCAUUUCUUAAUAUGUGUCGACGCGUUUUCCAAAUGGCCAGAGAUAUUUCCUAUGCAUUCUGCCACAUCAAUUGCAACAGUGUCCCUCCUACGUCAACUAUUACUGAACGUUUCGUCGACACCUUUAAGCGUGCUUAUGCAAAAGCGAAGGGGGAGGGAACAACAGAAAAAAUUUUGGAUAAAUUCUUGCUGCAUUAUCGUACGAAUGAAAAAGGACAGUUAUGUGGCAGACACACAGAUCACGCUCUAUCCAGUACCACGCAAAGGUCAACUCGACAAAGAAGAGCUCCGAAACCUUUUCAAAUAGAUCCAAAAAGCAAGUCCUACACUCUUUACGGGGGGAGGUGAUAGGAUCCCACAUAUUUUGGUAUUGACUGUUUAAACUUGCAUUUAUGGUAUGUUAUCAUUCUCACGCAUUUUGGU